AAGUCAGAUCUGCAGUGGAGGCUUCAACACUAAAGCGAGCAGCAGGAGGCGGAGCAGGAGCACUCCGAGCCAGAGGCUCCUACCGAAGAUGUGAACAUAAAUGCCGCUUUACAGCGCAUUCGCUCGAUAGCAGCAACACCGGAGGGAGCGAUUUUAAUUAGUAAAUGCACAGAUUUUUUAUGUUUUUAUUUUAUUAAUUAUAAAUUGUGUGCGUUCGCUAUGGCAGUUCAGUCCACAUCCGGGCCACAAUGCCUUGACUCCAUUAUUGUCUAGAACUGGCGGAGAGGUUGAUAAACCUUAUUUUACCCGCAGUUGACGUUUUAAAAAAAUAAACAAAAUAACGGGCAGUAAAGGCUGGAACCGAGGGGACAUGUCUAACCAAGGAGUCCGGCGGAAUGGUCCAGUGAAGCUACGACUAACAGUCCUCUGUGCCAAAAAUCUGGUGAAGAAAGACUUCUUUCGCCUCCCUGAUCCCUUUGCCAAGGUGGUAGUGGAUGGUUCAGGGCAAUGCCACUCUACAGACACUGUGAGGAACACACUUGAUCCCAAGUGGAAUCAACACUAUGAUCUAUACAUUGGAAAAUCAGAUUCCAUCACUAUUAGUGUUUGGAAUCACAAGAAGAUUCACAAGAAGCAAGGAGCUGGAUUCCUGGGCUGUGUCCGCCUUUUAUCUAACGCUAUCAACCGCCUUAAAGACACAGGAUACCAGAGACUAGACUUGAACAAGCUGAGCCCAAAUGACAGUGACACAGUCAGGGGCCAGAUAGUAGUGAGCCUACAGUCCAGGGAUCGGAUAGGCACAGGAGGCCCUGUGGUGGACUGCAGUCGACUGUUUGACAAUGAUCUUCCAGAUGGCUGGGAGGAGAGAAGGACCGCGUCUGGACGAAUCCAGUACUUGAACCACAUCACACGCACCACACAGUGGGAGAGGCCUACCAGACCUGCAUCAGAGUACUCCAGCCCCGGACGGCCUCUCAGCUGCAUCGUGGAUGAAAACACACCCAUCGGCACAAACGGGGCCACACCCACCACAGCAGUGACACCGAGUGAUGGUGACCAGCGAGCCCAGGAGAGGCGAGUUCGCUCCCAGAGGCACCGCAAUUAUAUGAGCAGAACCCACCUGCACACACCCCCGGACCUUCCUGAGGGAUAUGAGCAAAGAACCACACAGCAAGGCCAAGUGUAUUUUCUCCACACACAGACAGGUGUCAGCACGUGGCACGACCCCAGAGUACCCAGAGAUUUGAGUAACGUGAACUGUGAGGAGUUGGGACCUCUACCCCCUGGUUGGGAGAUACGGAACACCGCCACAGGCAGGGUUUACUUUGUCGACCACAAUAACCGAACCACCCAGUUCACAGAUCCACGCCUCUCUGCCAACCUGCAUCUAGUCCUCAAUCCAAGCCCCAAUGGUUCUCGAGGAGGCAUUGAAAGUCAGAAUGUCAGUCGUCAGAACCAGUUGAAGGAUCAGGCCCAGCAGGCUCUGGUGUCCCCCGGUCAGCUCCCAGAGGAGGCAGAGUGCCUCACCGUACCCAAGUAUAAGAGGGACCUUGUUCAGAAGCUCAAGAUCCUCCGCCAGGAACUGUCCCAGCAGCAACCACAGGCUGGCCACUGCCGCAUUGAGGUGUCCCGUGAGGAGAUUUUUGAGGAAUCAUACAGACAGGUGAUGAAGAUGAGACCAAAAGACCUGUGGAAAAGACUCAUGGUGAAAUUUAGAGGAGAAGAGGGACUUGAUUACGGAGGAGUGGCACGAGAAUGGCUCUACCUUCUGUCACAUGAAAUGCUGAACCCAUACUAUGGCCUGUUCCAGUAUUCCCGUGAUGACAUCUACACACUGCAGAUUAACCCAGACUCUGCAGUCAACCCUGAACACUUGUCGUACUUCCACUUUGUGGGUCGUAUCAUGGGUAUGGCCGUGUUUCAUGGCCACUAUAUCGACGGAGGCUUCACUCUGCCCUUCUACAAACAGCUCCUGGGGAAACCCAUCACUUUGGAUGACAUGGAGUCAGUUGAUCCUGACCUGCACAACAGCCUUGUCUGGAUCUUGGACAAUGACAUCACAGGUGUGCUGGACCAUACUUUCUGUGUAGAACACAAUGCUUAUGGAGAGAUCAUCCAGCAUGAGCUCAAGCCCAAUGGGAAGAGCAUCCCAGUCACCCAGGAUACCAAGAAAGAAUAUGUCCGUCUCUAUGUCAACUGGCGUUUUCUGCGGGGCAUAGAGGCCCAAUUCCUGGCUCUCCAAAAAGGCUUUAAUGAAGUCAUCCCUCAACACCUGCUCAAAGCGUUUGAUGAAAAGGAGCUUGAGCUGAUUGUAUGCGGCCUGGGAAAAAUCGACAUCAAUGACUGGAAGUCCAACACGCGGCUCAAGCACUGCACCCCAGAUAGUAAUAUUGUCAAGUGGUUCUGGAAAGCUGUGGAGUCCUUUGAUGAGGAGCGUCGAGCCCGGCUGUUGCAGUUUGUCACGGGCUCCUCCAGGGUUCCUUUGCAAGGUUUUAAGGCUCUCCAAGGUGCUGCUGGUCCGCGACUCUUUACCAUCCACCAGAUUGAUGCCAGCACCAACAACCUGCCCAAAGCCCACACCUGUUUCAAUCGGAUCGACAUUCCUCCCUAUGAGCAGUAUGAUAAACUGUAUGACAAGUUGCUCACUGCCAUCGAGGAGACGUGUGGUUUUGCUGUGGAGUGAGCCACUUGUGCAGGCAGAACUCGACAGCAACCAGAAUCAACAAAGUUUGGCCGGGGACACCCCCCUUACUCAGCAAAGCACGGCAUUUUGGGGCUCAUCUCCAGUCUCCAGUUGGGAUGCUCACACUUCCCAGAGACAUGUGGCCAGACUAAUGGAGGUGGACAGAGAAAACCAGAUAAUAUCAUCUGACUGUUUUUUUAUACCCUCCACCCCUUUGUUGUUGUUUUUCUUUUUUUAAUCAUUAAAAAGGAUCUCUUCAGCUGCUAAUAACUCAGACUAUUUACUAACUUGUAGAACCAGAAAAAAUUGCCGGCUCUUGUGUGUGCGCGCGUGUGUGUGUAACUUAAUUUUAGCAUUAAAAAAUAAAAAUCUGUGUUCCAUGUAGCAUUUCUUACCAAGCAGAACACAAGGUCUGUCAACUCUAUAAGCAUAAACCACAUUAGCAAGGCCGGUUUGCAGGCUUAGUCAUGGUUGACACCACUCCGAAACACUAAAUUUGGACAUUGCAUGCUUGAGGUUUGAGUGAUACCUCAGCGUUCGACAAUGCCAAGGUCGUAAAACCAGGGAUGCAGAUCAAAAGGCAGAACUCGAGACUGCGUUCUGAAUUAAGCAGACUGUUUACAACCCUCUCCAAAGACAGCAGUGGGGUCGCUGCCCAGCAAUUAGCGCUGCAUUCCCAGACACCUAUUUCACCACAUUUUGACCGUGAGUUUUUGUUUGAAAAUGAACAAAUAGCUUGAAAUGUGUUAUUUUUAUAUCAUGGAAAAUUUUGAAAAAAGAAACAAUAAAAUUAUAUAUAAUAUAUAUAUAUAAUUUAUUAGUUUAUUUCAGAAACCCCCUUUCCAUUGUUUCGUAAAAAUGUAGUCUUUUAAAUGUUGUUACUGUUUAAAUUAUAAAAGAUGAAUACAGAUUUAAGCUUGACUGACUUGUGUAAGAAUGCUGUGGUUUAACUUUUUUGACUUAAUCUCUCGUGCUGUACAAGGAGAGGUUCGUCUUAAGGGCAGAAAAAUCUUAAACAUACUCCCGAGUGCCAUAAUCAUCUUGAAUGAAUGAGUCAUUGCAAAUAUUGAGCAGACCCUUUAAAUUCUACUGAGUUCACCCUGAUGCUACAUGUGGUGACAUGCUCCUUUUCUGUUUCCUUGUUUAAAUUAUUAAAUAGUUGAUUAUUUGUAGCUAAGCUGUAUUAUUCUGUAUUAUCAUCACUAUCAAGAAAGUUACCAUUUCUUAUGGUAUUGUUGUGUUCAGUAUCCAAAAGUCAUUAUGAUCCAGAGUGAAGCAAGUCAUUUUUGCUUUGCUUCC